AUGGAUGGGCCCGAUGAACUUACUUUCUCACUAGAUGUAACACGUAUCAAUAUAACAGAAGGUAGAAAUCAAACUAUAGCAUGUUUAACUGAUUGUUAUGUAUGUAAUUAUAAAUGGACUGGACCAGUUUCAUCAUCAAGUAAAGAUCUUGUAUUGACUGGAAUAAAAAGAAAUCAGGAAGGAAACUAUAGAUGUGAAGCUACCAAUAUUAAAAAUACCAUCUCUAAAACAAGAUCUAAAUUUAUACAAGUUAAUGUACAUUAUCAACCUGAAAUAACCAGUAUGACAUCUGAUGCCGUAACUGACGAAGGUGAUGAAGGUUCUGAUGUUAUGUUUAACUGUAAUGUUAAUAGUAAACCGGUAUCUACUAUAACCUGGUCAUCUUCUACUAGUACUGAUACUAACAUUGGUCAAAAGUGGACAUUAACUCAAGCUAAAUGUCAGGAUACAGGAAUCUAUACAUGUACAGCUAAUAAUGGUAUUGGUCAAUCAACUUCUAAAUUACCAUUAAAUAUCAGAUGUAAGUCUAUAUUUAGUCAGUAUACUAUAAUCUAUACAUGUACAACUUUUAAUGGUAUUGGUCAAUCAACUACUAAAUUACCAUUAAAUAGCAGAUGUUCACCAAGAAUAAAUGCCGAUUUAAAAGAUGUAGUAAUGAAUAGAAUAGGUGAAGAAGUAACAUUACUUAUUGAUGUUAAAGCCUAUCCUAAACCUAGUUUUAAAUGGAUACAAGAAUCAACAAGACAAGAAUUAACACCAGAUACAACUCAACAAGUAGCUAUCAAUAAUUAUAUUUCAAGUUUAACAUUCACAAUACAACAAUCAUCAUUUGAUAACUACAUUGUAACUGUUAAUAAUGGUAUAGGUUGUGAUAAAAGUUACACUAUAAAGAUUAUUGAUGGAGAUCCUAUAACAAAGGCGGAUCCUAAUGAACAACCUGGAUAUCAGGAGGUUUUAGGAACUGGUAUUGGAAUUGGUAUUGGAAUAUCUGCUGUUAUUGUAAUUCUGGUUUUACUGACCAUAUUUAUAUAUAGAAAAUAUCAUCCAGCCAAUAAGAAAUUACCAAACGAAAGUUAUGCAACGUUUUCUAAUAGAAAUCCUGAAGAUAGAACAUAUGAAGAUUUAAAUACGCGUCCUGAAGUUAAUGAUAACAAUCAACAUAAUUCUGGAGAUGCAAAAGAAUAUGAAAAUAUGAGAAGAAAUUAA